AUGAACUUCGCGCUUCUGCGUAAUACAUCUUGUAUUAGCUCAUUGUGUUUCCAAGCCUCGCGCAAUCAUCGCGUUGCGUUUCCCGGUCGCCUUCCUCUCUCGCGCAUCGCCUAUCACUCUCCUGUUGCCUUCGCGCUCUCUCUCCCGUCGCCUAACGCGCUCUCUCUCCCGUCGCCUCCGCGCUCUCUCUCCCGUCGCCUCCGCGCUCUCUCUCCCGUCGCCUUUGCGCUCUCUCUCCCGUCGCCUUCGCUCUCUCUCCCUCCCAUCGCCUUCGCGCUCUCUCUCCUAUCGCCUUCGCGCAAUCUCCCCUCCCAUCCUGUCCACUUCAUCUCCAAUCGCUCACGUCCUCCCCUCCCAUCCCGUCGUUCGCUUCUUUUCCCCUCCCAUCCCGUCGUUCGCUUCCUUUCCCCUCCCAUCCCGUCGUUCGCUUCCUUUCCCCUCCCAUCCCGUCGUUCGCUUCCUCUCUCCCUCCCUUUCCUCUUCCAUUCGUCGGCCAACAUUCACUCCCAGAUCGUGCAUAUGUGUGUCCGCUGA